CAACCCCAAAUCAACUCUCGGCCGUCUUCUCCAAGCACCGCCUUCUCUCAGCCGUCCUCUCCCUCUCACUCUCAGUCGUCCUCUCUCUCUCACUCGUAAUCUCGAACCCUAGCUCCAAAUCGAAGCUUCUCUCUUGAACCCUAGCUCCAAAUCGAAGUUAUAAGGGAAACGCAUCAUCGCAACCGUACGUCGACUCAUCCUUCAACCGCGACAAUCCCAAAUCCGUCUAUUCAACUCUCAAAUACAUCUCCGUUCUUGACCGAUAAUGAUCGUAGUCCAUCUCCACCCCCACUUCAUGAGAGCUGGAAGAGGGCACGACAAACAAAAGAUGGUUCGUACGCAUCAACGGCUACACAAGCUGUUGCCGAGAAAAUUGUAAGUAAACUUUUGAUAAACUUCUGUGUUGAAAGUAACCUAAAUAAGCUCAUCUGGAAAGCCUUCGAUUCCUAUUUCACUUGUGAAGUCUGGCAUGAUGUUGGCACCAGUUCGGCCAACGUCGCUAGAUGAUGUGGUAAAAGUGGUUAAAGCGGCAAAUAAGUGGCCGCCUUUUGCGGUGUCGGUGAGAGGACACAGACACUCGAUAAACGGACAAGCAGAUACAAGGAUGAAAUGUGUGGUGGUUGAAAUGGGAAAGGGAAUUAAGGGUCCUAAGGUUUGGGAGAAAGAAAUGUAUGUGGAUGUUUGGGGUGGUGAAUUGUGGAUAGAUGUGUUGAAAGCAACAAUGGAGUAUGGGUUAGCACCUAUGUCUUGGACUGAUUACUUGUAUUUGUCUGUGGGUGGUACCUUAUCCAACGCUGGUAUUAGUGGUCAAACCUUCAAUUAUGGUCCUCAAAUUUCCAAUGUUUUUUAACUUGAUGUUGUUACAGGUAUCUGAAGAUAUCAAAUUUGAUGUUCUGCGUGGCCUUACCAAUUCAUUACUUGCUGCCAAGAAGCCAGAUGAGGCUGUUCAAUUCCUUUUGGCCUAUCGUGAGCAUCUGAGUUCAGAAGACUUCAGCAAAAAAUAUGAGAGUAGCCCAACAGAUUCACAGCCAGUCUCAUUUCAAAAGGCGGGUAAACAAUACAUACAAAAUCAGUUGCGUAAAUUUUAAUAUUUAUUUACGUUAAUAACACAUGAUGAUUGAUUCGUAUUUUUGU